AUGAUGAAGGGCUCUCAAAUCUUAAAGGAAGCCAGGAAAGUCCAUCAACACAUGAGCAACACAUGCUGCUACUACUCCACCACUAACUCUCCUGUUCCUGUGGCUGUGGAUCCAUUUGCUGCCCACCCUUCACACCACAACCUCUCCACUAUCGAAUCCAAAUCCCAACUCCUGAAAUCUUACACAGUUACUCCCCCAAUCAAACCCUGGCCUCAAAAACUCUACCCCAAACGCCUUGUCUCCAUCAUCACCCGCCAACAAAACCUUGACCUUGCCCUCCAAAUCUUCUACCAUGCUGGGAACUACCACCCUGGCUUUGAACAUAAUUACGAAACCUACCACUCUAUCAUCCACAAACUCUCUCGUGCACGCGCCUUUGAACCUGUUGAAACCCUUCUUUCCCAGCUACAGAAGAAAUCAUCAAGCAUCAAGUGUGGGGAGAAUCUUUUCAUCGAUGUCUUACGUAAUUACGGAAUCGCCAGCAGACCAAAAGAUUCCUUACGCAUCUUCUUGAGGAUCAAGGACUUUGGUGUCACAAGAUCUGUACGUUCUUUAAACACCCUUCUAAACGUUUUGAUUCAGAACAGAAAAUUCGAAUUGGUGCAUGCUUUGUUCAAAAACAGUCAAAAGAAGUUCAAUAUCACACCCAAUGUGUUUACUUGUAACAUUCUUUUAAAAGCAUUUUGUAAGAAGGGUGAUAUAGAAGGUGCACUCAAGGUGCUCGAUGAAAUGCCUGCAAUGGGGAUGGUGCCGAAUGUUGUGAGUUAUACUACUGUAAUGGGAGCUUAUGUUUUUAAAGGAGAUAUGGUGGGUGCAAAGAAGAUGUUUGAUCAGAUUCUGGAUAGAGGUUGGAUCCCAGACGCCACCACUUACACAAUCUUGAUGGAUGGGUUUUGUAAGCAAGGGAGAUUGGUUGAUGCUGUGAGAGUGAUGGAUGAGAUGGAGGAUAAUAAAGUUGAGCCCAAUGAUGUUACUUAUGGGGUUAUGAUUGAAGCUUUUUGCAGAAACAAAAAGACAGGUGAAGCUUUGAAUUUGCUAGAUGAUAUGUUUGAGAAGAAAUACGUGCCGACUUCUGCUCUUUGUUGUAGAUUGAUUGAUGUGUUAUGUGAAAAUGGGAAGGUUGAGGAUGCGUGUGAUCUAUGGAAGAAGCUCUUGAGGAAGAAUUGUACUCCUGAUAAUGCCAUAUCAAGUACACUUAUACACUGGUUGUGUAAAAAGGGGAAGAUUUGGGAAGCGAGGAAGUUGUUUGAUGAGUUUGAAAGGAGUUCGAUUCCUAGUGUUUUAACUUAUAAUACCCUGAUUGCUGGUAUGUGUGAGAUGGGGGAGCUGUGUGAGGGUGGUAGGUUGUGGGAUGACAUGGUGGAGAAGGGAUGUGUUCCUAAUGCAUUUACAUAUAACAUGUUAAUCAAAGGGUUUUGUAAAGUUGGUAAUGCAAGGGAAGGGGUUAGGAUUUUGGAGGAGAUGUCGGGGAAGAGGUGUUUACCGAAUAAAAGCACUUAUAAUAUCUUACUUGUGGGGCUUUGUAACUCAGGGGAGGAAGAUGAAGUGAUGAAGGUACUUGAGAUGGCUGCUUCAAGUGGACAAGUGAUUGAUGCAGAUGUUUGGCAACUUCUUGUAACAAAGUUUGGUAGUAAUUUUAUGGUACAUAGGGGUAAAAAAGGGUCCAAACUUGACCCGAUUGGACCCAGAAGCAACCACCACCAUCUGCCGCCACAACCACCACCAUCAAAACACAAACAAACUUGGAAAUCGCCACCACCACUUGCCUCCUCCACCACCACCACCCACUGA